AUGGACUAUAUAAGUCUCCGCGCAUCAGACCGUCACGCAAGGCACCAAGUCCCCAUUCAGGAUAAUAGCGGCCUCGAGAGCAUAACGGGAACAUCGGACCAUUCUAAUUUUGAACUGAACAACUCAACAGAUUCUUUUUUCCCAGAAAACGACACCGACGACGAACUCCCGAAAAUGGACUCCAAACAAGCCAAGGUGAUCCUCGUGUUGAAGAGAUUUGUCAAGUUCAUUGGCCCAGGACUGAUGGUCUCUGUGUCGUACAUGGACCCGGGAAAUUUCAGCAGUUCCAUCUCGUCUGCGCAAUUCCAAUACAAACUCCUGUUUUCGCUGCUUGUGUCCAACAUGAUGGCUGGGUUCAUGCAAAUCCUCGCCAGCAAGCUUGGAAUCUGUACCGGCCAGGACCUGGCGGCCAACUGCCGCGCCCACCUGCCGAAGUACGUCAACUUUGCCAUCUACAUCUUUGCAGAGCUGGCUGUUGCAGCCACAGACAUGGCUGAAAUCAUCGGUACUGCCAUCGCAUUCAAUAUUCUCUUUGGUCUGCCGUUGCUGGGCGGUGUCAUGCUGACGACUCUUGAUGUUCUCUUUGUCCUGCUUGCAUACAGGCCGAACGGGCCACUUGUCGUGGUCCAGGUCUUCGAGGCUGCCGUGGGAUGUCUGGUCCUGGGCACGGUCGCCUGCUUCAUCGUGGAGCUCGUGAACGUUUCUCCCACAACCAACUGGGGAAGCGUGUUCCGCGGGUUUCUGCCCUCCAAGGAGAUCUUCACCAAUACCAAAGGUCUCUACCUCACCGCUGCAUUGCUGGGAAGCAACCUGAUGCCACACUCUUUGUAUCUGGGCUCGGGAGUUGUCCAGGCGCGCAUGAAGGCCUUCGACAUGAAACGCGGCCUGUACACGCCUCCAAUGGCAAAGCACAAGAAAAAAGGUCUGCUUUGCAACACCAUCGAGGGAGACUCCGCGGAGGUGAGAUACACCCCGUCGAUGGAGGCGAUCGACGGGACCAUGUCGUACAUCAUUGCCGAGAUGGUGGUCUCGCUAAUUACCGUUGCGCUGUUUGUCAACGCUGCCAUUCUGAUCGUCGCCGGCUCGGCGCUGUCGCAACCUAUGGACGACGACGGAGACGGAGACCUCGAGAGCGCCGAUCUGUUCACACUGCACUAUCUUCUCUCGAGUCAACUGUCAAAAGCUGCAGGUACAGUUUUUGCGCUGGCACUAUUGUGCUCGGGCCUGUGCGGCGGCACGGUGGUCACCAUCGCGAGCCAGCAGAUCAUGGAGGGCCAUGUGCACAUCUCCAUGCACCCUGCCAUCAAGCGUAUCAUCACACGUAUCAUUGCCAUCACGCCAUGCAUAGCAGUUGUCGUGACUCAGGGAAGAGAGGGCCUGAGUACCGUUCUGAACGCGACGCAGGUCGUUUUGUCGCUGCUGCUGCCGUUCAUCAGUGCGCCGCUGGUGUAUCUGACCUGCAAAAAGAGCAUCAUGCGCGUCCUGAUCAGCGGAACCGAGCGCGCGGAGGAAACGGGAGAGGACAUCCCCUUGGACUCUGUCUCCAACACCACCGACAGCACGCUCAGCCUGCUCUCCGACAGGGAGGAGAACAUGACGUCGGACCGCACGCUGCAGUCGAGCGAGCUCCGGGAGCCGCAGCUGGACGACACCAUGGACCAGCCAAAGUACAAGGACAUGAGCAACAACCUGGUGACCGCUGUGGCGGGCGUGAUUGUGUGGCUGGUCAUCUCGCUCAUGAACUUCUGGCUGCUGAUCAGCAUGGCCAUGGGCAAAGACGUGGACUAG